UUUUGACAUUUCGCAAACAAGAGAUUGAAGUGAGGAACUGUUGAUCCAUCAUCAUUUGAAUGAAUUUGAAUUGUAUAUUGUCCAGCGCAAUGUUCGAGGUAGACGUUUCUUAAAGUUUUGGGUUGUUGCGUAAUCAUGCUAGUGGUGCGGACAUUUUGAAAUCAUACCCUUGAUCUGAUCGUGCAUUUUAUGGGUGUAAAUGGGCGUUUUGUUGAUGAAUCACAACAAAUGGCAAGUUUUGACAUUGUUUGUGUAGUCACGACUACUAGUAGUUAUACCAUUUAUAAACAGUUUAUAAAUGGUGAUUUGUUUCGUUUAUUUGUUUAGUAAUUAAUGACUGGAAACACAAUUUUUUUGUAGAGAAUUUCACUCUUGUUCUCUGUUAAUUCGUUCAAAGUGAAGAAUAUUUUAACACAUGUAAACAUAGUUUGGGAGCUUUCGUAAUAUAAUAUAAACUUCAUACUGAGACUGUAUAUGUUAGUAUAUGGAUGGCCAAGCAAUAGUUAGUCGUCUGUCUGAAAUUAAUUGUGGGGUUAGGUUCGUAUAAACGACUGGUGACUUCACUGUUAUUAAUGGUAUCUCGAAUGUGUGAUCAUAUAGUCAUGAAGACCGGCAUCUCGUUAACAGGACGACUUAAGAAAUCAUUGUUCCAACUUAUCUCGGAAAAAAUACUGUGUCACGACUCCAAUAUUUGUGUUCUUAUUGCUGUUUAGCUCGAGAUGUCCAGUUAUCUUAUGUCUGGACUAGUCCAGUCGCAGAUCCUUAUCCCUCAAGAAGUUUUUUCAUUUGAUGUAUAGAAUAUCUGGUAUUCCGAUUCAAAGCCGAGGGCGUGAAUCAACAUGCAGUUAUUGGAUAAGAAUGCUUUCUCUGUGUAUUCGCACACUGGUUAAAAAUUUACGAGAUUCUUAUUCCCAAUGUUAACAUGAAAUCAUAGUAUGCUCAGUAAACACUUUAAAUUGCUCAAUACUCAAGCUCUAGUUCUACAGUCCAUUUUCAACUUGAAUUAUUUCAUGGAUUAGCGAAGUUCCACUUUGUGGUUUUUCCAUUUCUGUCGUUGGUGAGGAAAAUAAUUUCUGUGUUAUCUGUUAUCGUCACAUGGUGGAGGCAGGUGAUCAUUUAAUGUAUGGCUGAAUGAAAUAUACGAUGGCUGCUAGCCUACCAUAGUGGCAGCUUGAUUAGAAUCUAAUAGUCAUGAAGUUUUCAUUCAGAACAUGUCUCAACCAGAACUAAAAGUUAUCCCAUAAUAGUUUUGUUUUUUCUUCUACAUUGGUAGUAAAAUAGACAUUGGAAAACGAAAUCCAAAAUGAACUGUUAGAUGUUUCUUGAUAGACGUUUAAUUAUGCUGUAUAUGCUACACAAGUUGUACCACUGCUUUGCUGUUCCGCUAUGAUAAAAUUUCAUUGAUAAGUACUUCGUAGGUAACGAACUUUUUACUGAAUCUAUUAGUAACAUUUAUGAUUCCUUUACCGUGACUUUAUAGCCGAGCAGAUUUGUGAAGUUCUGUUGUUACUAAUAAUGAAGGAAGUCAAUAAGGGCGAUCAAAAUGUAAGUUUCCCUCAAAAGUCCUGGUACGGCCGAAGGUGGGGAGAGUCAGCUCUCCCUCUUGAAAUGCUCUCACAUGUCCAUGAGUAUGCAGUCACUGCCGGGGAAGUCCUACCCACUGCUUUCUCGUGGCGGGGUUGUUGCUUACAAAAUUGCGAGGACGUAAAGCGAAUGUCCGGCGCCUUAACCGGGUUGGUGGAUAUGGAUGACCCACCUAGGGAAGUUGAAAAACCCUGAUUCCAAACCAAUGGUCACAUGAGCUCCAGAGUCUUGAGGGGACAAAUGGCGUAUGAAUCUUUUGUUAGUCACUGACUGCCAUAAGAAUGCAUAUUUUAACGUUGCUCCACUGCCUUGUGGAUUAGACCUCUAGGUCAAAGGUUCGGGGAGUGGCUCGGCAAUGGUGGUCUUUCUUGACUUAAAAGCAGCAUUUCACUCCGUAGACCGCGAGAUUCUGCGGCAAUAUCUGUCAUUUAAGGCGUACCUCAGAAGUACAUAAACCUUGUGAAGGCUCUUUACUCGAACACUACUAGUCGAGUCAGAGCUUAUGGCGGACUGUCAUAUGAAUUUGCAACCUCAAGUGGUGCCGUUCAAGGCUGUCCACUAUCUCCAUUUUUGUUCGAUUUCAUCACAAAGAUAAUGUUGGAAAUAACGUUCUCGUUGACUGAAGUUUUGGGCAUUGAUCUGCCAGGAGGUUCACUUAUCAGCUUAGAAUACACAGAUGACAUAGUCCUGUUUGGUGAAGACUCUGAUAAGAUGCAGUGUCUUUUGGUAGCACUGAGAAAUAAUGUUAGGGUGUUCGGGAAUGCAUUACUCCCCUUCUAAAUGCAAGUUGUUGCUUCAGGACUGGCCUGCGUCAACACCUGAACUAAGGAUAGGGAGUGAAGUAGUCAAACGCGUCGACAACUUCACUUAUCUUGGAAGUCUGAUCAGCCCUAAUGAGUUGGUGUCUGACGAAAUCUCAGCACGGAUUCAAAAAGCUCGUUUGGCUUUUGCCAACUUACGUGACCUAUGGCGAAGGCGAAAUAUCCGUCUAUCAAUUAAGGGACAAGUAUACUGCGCAACAGUUCGUUCCGUUCUACUCUACGGCUGCGAAACGUGGCCAUUAAUAAUGGAGGAUACACGUAAGUUACUAGUAUUUGAUCACAGAUGUCUUAGAAAUAUUGCUCGUAUUUGUUGGGAUCACCGGGUAGGUAAUAGUGAGGUUAGACGCAAGCUAUUAGGGAAUGAUGGUAAAUCAAUUGGUGAGGUUGUGAAUCUUGAUCGACUGAGAUAAUUGGGUCACGUGUUACGUAUUCCUGAACACCGAUUACCACGACGCUCAAUGCUGACUAGUCUUAGUGAUGGUUAGAAAAAAGUUAGGGGCGGGCAAGCCAAAACAUGGCACCAGUGCUUGAAGUCACUACUUUCUAGUCUUAGCCAUGUUGGUAGAUGCAGACUACUUGGUUGGGGUCCGUGUGACUAUCGUAAACAGUGGUUGGAGGCUCUGGGUAACAUGGCUCAGAAUCGAUCACAAUGGCGUAGGUGUGUAAACUCUUUGUCUUCACUUAAAUUAUGAGAUUAAAAUCGCUUUAUAUCUUUCUUUUUACUAACUAAUUCUUUCUUCCUGUACUGUAUCCAUAUAUGCAAUCUUUCUUUUAUAUAUUACCACCAUUGAUUUAACUACUAUGAAUCUGGUGUUUAUCUUGUUGUACUAAUGAGGUAUGGCAACUUGGACCGAUGUACGUAUGUGCCCUACUUGGUAUAGAUAGUAAUCAGUGGUUUCUAUGUCAGAAAUGUUAUCAGUCCUUAGAUUAUUUUAUUUACGACUUUUUAUCCAGGUAAAAUUAGGUAAGAGGAGCUGGAAGACGCACUUGUUGAAACCAUUAUCAUGGACUCCAAAUAGUAAAGCAAAACAAGCAAAUACCUGCUGGGUGCAACUGUCUGGUCAUCAAGGUUAGUUUCGAACAGCGAGAUAGUUUGUCAGUGUUUUGAAUAAAUAUCGCUUUUUUGAGAAUUCCCCUUUUAUUUGCUAUCCUUCCUUUUAGGAACUGUUAAUACUAAAAAAGUACGUACAUAGAGUUUUGCUGCACUAAGAAAUGAGUACUUGACAUGAAAAAAAUUGAUCCUGCUUAUUGUUAUCAGACACACUUAGAUACUCGUUUGAUAAUAACAAACGGGUUUAGUUCCUCAGUUUUAGAAGUGUUAUCAUAGUUCCAAGGGAAUUUGUUUCGUUUUCUUAAUAAUUUUAUAAAUUUUGUAUUUUUAAAUGCAAUAUGGAAAUAUAUCUACUUUUAUUGUCUGUACUUAAAUUGUUUUGAAAAUGUGUUUAUUUUAUACCAUCUUGUUUCUAUGUGAUGCGGUUUGAAUUCUUAUUUGGUAGAUUUCUUGAUAUCAUGAAAGUUAGAUGCAAGGCAUAAGUAAGCCUGUGUAAACUUUUGUACAGCUUCCUAAUUUGUGUCUGUAAUUUAUUUGUAAGUUGGUGAUUUUUCAGGUUUGAUCAAUUUGGAGCCAUGAAAUUGACUCAAAUAAAAACACUGAUAAACAACUGGCAUUUCAGUGAAUUAAUAAUACGAGGUUUAAUAUUACGUACAUAUAUUGUUAUGGUGUGAUGAAGUUCCAAUAUCCCACUUCACAUUACAAAGGAUUCUGAAGGUUUAAUUUUGUCUUGUUUUUGGUGAAUACCUUAAUAAAGCAAUUACAUCACUGUAACAAACUAUAUUUUUCAACCUAUUAAUCCAAGAAACUGCUUCAGUUUGUGGGAUUCUUUACUUUGGAAAUUAACCUAAAACGAAUCUAAUAAAAAUAAACGAAUCGGUUGAAAUUCCUUAGUGAAAUUAUUUAUUUAUUUGAACACAUAAAUAUUGGUACAAGGGGGCACCAAAUAUAUAUGCGCCACACAAAACAAUGAGAAUGGGAAGAGAAAAAAGAAGGUAAGGAGCGUAAAAUAAAAAAGGAGGAACAAUAACGACCAGAUUAGUGAAAGGUAGUGUAAUAAUAAUAAUAAUAAUAAUAAUAAUAAUAAUAAUAAUAAUAAUGGGGGAAACGGAAAGGUACAACCAGAAGAAUUCUAUCAGUUAAGGAAGAUACAGCAACUUUUUAUGAAGAAAAUAAAAGGUUACAGCAGGAUUGCCACUGGCUUCUGUCCUGAGCCAUAUCUGAUAACGUCUCUAACCACUGUGUUAUACUAUCUUUCGGACCCUAGCCAGUGAGUCGUAAAGGACCAACAGAAGCCAGCCCUUUUCAGCUUUCUUUCGUACCCCGACACCAUGUCAUACACUGAAAUAAGUAAUGACUGUGGAAUUACUACAAACAUUGUUUAAUAAUAUGUCAUCGUUUUUGACCUUGUAUGUUUGCCGUUCGAAGAACUUAAUAAGAAACCUCAUUCAUCUAAUUAAUGCGGAAAAUAAGCGAAUCUGUCAAUUUUUUAAUGCAGAACACCUUUGAUUGACCUCUUCGUGUUUUUUAUAUGCUUUAGAUAACACUGAAGUAAUUGAAGGUCAAAUACAUAUUACUUUCAAUUACUUUUUGUUAAUGAUUCUUCAGGUAGCCUAAUAUCUAAUGGUAAAGGAAGCGUUUUAAAACGUUAUUGCCAAAGUGAAGCCCAAUGUUUACUACAGCUCCAGCUAGAUAUACUCAGAUCAUUUGUCCCUAAAUAUCAAGGCGAAAAGCUGCUCGAUGGUGAACGUAUCCUUUUUGGUGUAAUUGGUUUUUGCUGACGAAAGCAAACUAAAUAAUCAAAGGGAGUCACUAUUCUCACUCACUAAUAUUCUUUUAUUAUACGUUUGUGUAAACUAAUGACUUCAGUAAUUUCACCCAGCUAAACCAGUCCUCUUAGAGGAUUUUAUUAGAAGCUAUAUUAUGUGCUUAUGAUUGAGUUUUCGGCUGAUUAGUUUGUUAGGUGCUCCAGUUUUAACCAUAAAUUGAUAUGUUUUACUCCACCAUCUAUUUAGGUUUGAUAUUAUCUGUAGUCGUCGAAUAAUAGGUACAAGUCGAUCUAAGGUGCAAACCUACAUUUAUUUAUUAAAACACAUAAACAUUGGUACAAGGAGGCACCAAAUACAUAAAUGCCACACAAAUCAUUCGAUUCACGUGAGGGCUGAAAUACUGCACGGAUGCCCAAACCGAAGAAGGUAGUUUUCUUAGGGUGGUCACUCCCCGAGCCUUAGACCUAGAGUUCUAAUCCACAAGGCAGUGGAGCAACGUUAAAAUAUGCAUUCUUAUGGCAGUCAGUGACUAACAAAAGAUUCAUACGCCAUUUGUCCCCUCAAGACUCUGGAGCUCAUGUGACCAUUGGUUUGGAAUCAGGGUUUUUCAACUUCCCUAGGUGGGUCAUCCAUAUCCACCAACCCGGUUAAGGCGCCGGACAUUCGCUUUACGUCCUCGCAAUUUUGUAAGCAACAACCCCGCCACGAGAAAGCAGUGGGUAGGACUUCCCCGGCAGUGACUGCAUACUCAUGGACAUGUGAGAGCAUUUCAAGAGGGAGAGCUGGCUCUCAUAGUGUUGCAGGUAAAUAAAUUAUUAGUUCUUUUCAAACAUGUGUAUUUUAUUACUUGUGUUCAUUUCUUAACACAAUAUAUUCAAAGGUUACGUAAAAAUGCAGGAUUUACUGUACAAUUUUAAAUCACCAUCAAUAAUGGACUGCAAGAUUGGACAACGUACUUUUUCAGAAAGUGAGGUCAUUGGAGACUCUUCAGAAAAUAUUCGAAAAGAUCUCUACUUGAAAAUGAUGUCUACUUCGCCUAAUGCACCGACUGAAAGAGAACAUCGCGAAAAAGGUGUUUCGAAAGUACGCUAUUUGCAGUGGCGUGAUACAAUUAGCUCAACGGCUGAGUAUGGUUUUCGCAUUGAAGCAAUCAAGACUUUUGGUGAAUCCACUCGAAAAGAUUUUCAACACACUCAUACAUGGAAUGAAAUAAUAAAUCACUUUAAAUUAUUCAUACAACACCGUAAAAUAAUUGCUGUAAGUUUAGAUGCUUUUGUUUCAUUUUUUUAAAUAUAUAGGAAUGGUUGUUUUUUAUACUAAACCACUAACCUUAACUCUAAACUUUAACCCUAGAUUCUUGGCUUUAACCUACUUUAACUAUGAACGAUGUAGGAACUCUUAAAGAUCUUUUGCGUCCUUAAAAGGGUUUGAGAAAAUGUUCUCCACUUUUAUGUACCAACUAAUAUGCUUUAGUUUUUCUGAUUUACUAUACGAAAUCUGUGUACUCUCUGUAAUGUCACUAUUUUCCCUCCAUAAAGUAUUUAUUUACGAUAACUAUUUUGUGAUUUGCUAACAACGGGCUAAAAUUGAUCGCGGUUACUUUAAGCUCGUCCAUAUGCUAUACUCUUACCACUAAUAAUACUACUGGGUAACUCAUAUCGAAGUGGACGUAAUUUGAUUUAAACCUCCAACGUAAUUAUUGGAACCCGAGUGUUUUAACCACUGAGAUACUUAAAUUUACAUAAUAAGCUUCUAUUUCGUAAGUGUUUCUUAUUGCAAGAUAAUGAUUAUCACUAUUAUUAGCACACGUCAUCGUAAACCUCUUAUGGUAUUACAGGGCAUGGAUUAGAUUUUACAUUCUUUAGUUUCUUUAUUGUACAUAUACUUUUUUUUAAAGUAUGGCAUGGAUAACACCAGUUUGGUGAUGUUCAACAUACUUUCGGAGUUAUCAACAUGAAUUUACCGCUCUUUUUGUUUUGUAUUUUUUGUAUAGCAAAACUAUUUAAUCCGAUUAUUAAAGUUGAGAACUAUAUUGGAAGUUUCCGAUUUCUUUGCCAAACAUGAGGUUUGUCUUAAUUUUAUUUGAAUUUACUUACUUUAUUAGAAGAUUUAAAAAUUUCUGGUUAGAUUUUUGAACGGGAUUGUAAAAUAUGAAUUUGUUCUUUGUAAGCAAGACUACAACAUACAUUUUAACAUAGCUGGUGUCAACAAAGGUCACCCAUUCAAAGUUCUUAUAAUGUUAUUUUUAUGCUUCAUUUUCAGUCGCUCUUGCAAAUGUUUCAUUCUGGAGACCUUUUCUUGUCUUGGUACCGAUACAGCAAUAUUAAAUUUUGUGAACGAAUUACCUACUUGUAUGUAAAUAAUUAAACUAGUGAGUCAGCUGUGUUAUUUCAUGGCUUGAAAAAGAAUCAUGAACUGUCUUCACUUACCGUUCAACUUCACACUGAUAAAAUCAUCAUUUGCUCAUCCAAAGGUUUCCUAGUGUUAUUAUUACAGGUUUUACGGUGAACUCCCAAAAUAAUCGCCCAUAAAAAUUCAGAUCAUAUUUUACGUAUCAAAUUUUGACAAGUAUUUGUGUUCACCUAAUAGGUCAAUGUUAAACUAAAGUGUAGUAAGGGUUUUCCUAGAUGUGAAGCUGUUUCUAGUUUUGAAUCAAUCGUUUUAAAUGUGGUCGGUGUUAUAGAAGCAUUUGAUCAAGUCAAGCUAUCUACUCAUUAAUCGUUAAAUUAUGCUAUACGACAAUAAAAAGUUCGAAAAUAACUAGGAAUUCCGGUUAGUAGUAGUGAAUUUUCUCAGUUUUUGUGGAUGACUGUUUGGUGUAAUUAUCUCCACUGUAAUUUUAUUUUAAAAUAAACGUUGAUUAUUCAUUAUUUAUUUAUUUGAACACAUAAAUAUUGGUACGAGAGGGCACCAAAUAUAUAUGCGCCACACAAAACAGUCAGAGUUCGAAGAGAAAAAAAGAACAAUAACGACCAGAUUAGUGUAAGGUAGUGUAAUAAUAACAAUGAUAUUUAAAUAGAUCUAGAACAAACAUUGAUGCAGAAUAGUAUGAAUUCAUAAUAUUUCGAGGUUUCUCGUCAGCUGCUUACAACCAAAAAUGUGAUGGAAUUUUUAUAUAGAGAUAGUGUGAAACAACUGACAUGCUUAAUCGGAGGGUUGGUAUUAGCAUAUUUUUGGAUGAAUUUCUCCGGAUAUGCAUUUUCACGUAGGCAAUUGGUUAAGCAUGUUACAGUGGAAAAGAAAACCUGUUUCCUAUACUUGCGCUUCAAAGGAGAUGAAGUCACCGGAAUUAUCAAUCACAAUAAAUUCCUCUUUGAAAGUGGCCUACCCGGCAGCCAAACUGACGACGUUAUGGUAAACGAACUGCUCGCUGAAACAAACUAAAAUCGACAAGUCCUCUUUCCUCAGUAGCUCCAACUGCAUUUACCAAUUCACAUGUACGUGCCAUAGCACAUACAUUGGAAGAACUGAGAGAAGAGUACAUGUUCGCAUUUCUGAGCACGUUCCGAAGAACUUGAGGCUGCGAGGGACUAAGACUUUCAACAGCGCAAUAGCUCGGCAUCUACUUGACACCGGGCAUACCGUCGACAUUCUGCAUGCUUUUAAAAUUAUCAAUAGACAAAGAAGUACGACCACUCUCCGUUUUGCUGAAGCCAUUGCGAUCAAAAAACUUAAACCGGACUUAUGCAUUCAAAAAGAUACUUUAAUAAACUUAUCAUUACCCUGGUAAUCCUUUUUUGUGUUUUGGUUAUUUUAUUCAUUUAUUUAUUUCAAAAUAUUUGUACUCCUCCCCUAUUACCUAAUUCUUAAACUAAAAAUUUUAUUCACAUAUUUCCACCACUUGAUCCUCUUAAAUUAUCUUAACUUUUCAAAUUCUAUUUAAUUAUUAUUACGUAACCUAUCUUAUCCUUAUUAAAUUCCAUUAAUCGCUAAAAUUAUCACACAAUUUAUGAAUUUCACUAAACUAUUACACCACCCACCCUAAAUUGAUUCCCUUUUUAAUCUCUGACCUGUCCUAUAUAUAUAGUUAUUAUUGUAAUUCAGUUAUUUACACUCAUUUAUGUCCAUUGUUUCACACUAUCUCUAUGUAAAAAUUCUAUCACAUCCAGACUAACAUCACGAAGGCGCCAAAGAUGGCCCAGAUUGGCAUAAGCCGCUCUGGCUUUCACUAUACGUGAAUUGAUCUCAUCACUCACGCGACCACCAGCACUUAUGCAGCUACCCAGAUACACGAACUUCUCGACUACUUCUAUCUGCUCACCAUCCAGAGUGAGUACAGGAUUAGAAUCCUGUCAGUCUUGUAGAAGUACUUUGCACUUCGAAGGUGCAAAGCACAUACCAUACCUACGGACACUGAUUGCCAACUGAUUAAGUGCAAAUUGCAUGCCUUGGGCAUUAUCGCACAGUAAGACAAUAUCGUCCGCAUACUCAAGGUCGAGAAGUCUUUCUCCAGGCAACAGAUCCACACCCCCAUUACUUACAUUCAUCAGAGCUGUUUCCAGAAUGUCAUCGAUGGCAAAGUUGAAGAGGAAUGGUGAGAUUGGGCAACCCUGCCUAACCCCACUGCUCGAAUGGAACAAUGGAGAGAGGUGGUUGUAUGCCCUCACUCUGCCUGAGGUGUUUGUAUAUAGGGCUUUUAGGAUGUUAAUAAACUUCUCAGGCACACCCUUCUUCAAUAGACAAUCCCAGAGAACAGUCCUAUCCAACGAAUCGAAGGCAGCCCUGAUGUCAAGAAACACUACGAUUGUUGGCCUUUGGUAAGUAUGGCGGUGUUCUAACAUUUGGCGGAGGGUGAAGAUAUGAUCAAUACAUUCUCGACCAGAACGAAACCCAGCCUGCUCCUCGCGAGUCAAUCUUUCUCGGGUUUUGAACAGCCUACGAAGAAUGACGGAAGCCAAUAGCUUGGACGCAAUCGGAAGUAAACUUAUCCCCCGAUAGUUGUUACAGGAACGACGUGAACCGUUUUUAAAGAUAGGGACAACUAUCG